AUGGGACAGAUGGCCUUAUUUUUUCAGGGGGUGAUGGCCACAAAUUAUUUUUAUUAUUAUUUUCAGAUGCCCAAUUAUUACGUGCGGAAGUCAGUAGCCGUUCGCGGUACGUGGAGUGAAGAAGAUCUUAGAAGUGCAAUGGAAAGCGUACAAAGAGGGAACAUGUCAGUAUAUAGGGCUUCUAUUACUUACAAUAUACCUAGAAAAACAUUAGAGAGAAGAGUAAAACUGAAUAACGCUGUAAAGGGACUUAUGAUUAUAACUAUCGGUAUAAACUAUAUUCGCAACUAG